AAGCAGCAUUUGGUUAUCUCCAGGGUUUAUUCUUUGCUGUGGAGGUGGAUUGUCCUCGGUGGGACCCUCCACGGUGGCAGCAGGGCAGGAGAGUGCCGGAGUCCCCGGAGCCAGCGGGGCUGAAUGAUGUAACUGCGCAGGGAAGGGACUUCUGAAAACACUGGCGAAUUCCUGAGGGCUGUUUUUGUUCGGUUCAAAGCCAGUCCCUGCCAUUGCUCUGGAGCCUUUCAGUCCAUUUCCUUACACACUCCCAGAGUUUUUAAAAGCAUUUGGAAAUCUCCGGUUAAAAUGAAGGAUUGGGGUGUUGUUUGUUGUUGGGGAAAGAAAAAACAAACAAACGAAAACCAAUGCCGGCUUGCUUUAUCUGCUUUCUGUGCCACUAUCAGCACGGCCCCUUUCCUUUCCGGCUUUUCCUGGGAUGUUUUAUCCACAGGGGAGCGCCGGCAUCGCCUCCAGGGCUGCCCCGAGCCCCGUCCCUGCUCCUCCACAGAAAGGCUGAUUAGUUUUAUACUGUUUCAGCCAAGACCUGCCUUCUGCACUGAUGUCAGCAGUCAGGGUGGGACUUUUCCAGCCUUGUGGGUUUGGGGAUUUUUCUUUUUUUUCCCUUUUUUUUCUUUCGUUUUUUUUUCUUUUGGAUAAUCCUGGCAAAAUUCCUGAGCAAAGUUGUUGGGGUUUUUUGGGUUUUUUUCUCUCUCUCCUUCUUUCUUUUCUUUUUUUUUUUUGUUUUUUUUUUUUCUUGAGCAGCCCCUAUCCAUGUGCUGCCUCCGAGCCGCUCUCUUAUUACUGCUCACUUCCUGAAAGGAGACUUUUUAGCAAAGCCUCCAACUCCAGCUCUGCCUGGGUCUGACAGAAGAAGGUUCUUAAGGAAGGCGACACAAACCCUCAGCCUGGAAACUUUCUGACACGCGCAGGGCUGAGGGGGAGAGAGGAGCUUUUGGCUGCUGCUGGGAAAAAGAAGAGGAAAAAAAAAAAAGAGAGAAGCUGAAGGAAUUAAAAGGGGGGAAAAAAGAAGAAAGAAGGGAAAGCACUCAAAAAAGGGCGAUGCCGGCGCUGGGGUCGAGCCCGUGCUGAGCGCUCCGUGCCCGCCCCCGCGGCCUCGGCAGACACGGAGCGGCCCGGGAUGCCUGCGGAGGGACCCGGCACUCCUCUCUGCACAUAACGGGUGGCCGAGGGAGAGACAUGUGGGGACAGCGCCCUGCCAGCCGGCACAGAUCUCCCUGCCCCGACGCGAGCGGCGCUGACCAUGGCCACAGCCUGGAGGCUCCUCACCUGGACCCUGACCCUCGGGCUGGCCGCGGGCACCUUCCCCGGGAGCUCCUUCCAGUCCCAAGAGGAAUUCCUCUCCAGCCUGGAUCACUAUGAGAUUGCCUUCCCCAUCCAAGUGGACCAGAACGGGGACUUCCUCACCUUCGACAUGCGCCGGCAGCUGAAGCCGCGGCCCCGGCGCUCCCUGCCCUACGAGCCCUCGGAGCAGCAGGUCUUCUACAAAGUCUCUGCCCACCACACCCAGUUCCUGCUCAACCUGACCCUGCACUCCAACCUGCUGGCCGAGCACUUCACCGUGGAGUACUGGAAGCGGGACGGCAUGGACUGGCAGCACGACUUCCACGAGGACUGCCACUACGCCGGCCACCUGCAGGACCAGUACCUCAGCUCCAAGGUGGCCAUCAGCAACUGCAACGGGCUGCACGGGGUGAUCGUGGCGGAUGAGGAGGAAUAUUUCAUCGAGCCCCUGAGCCCCGGGGCCAACGUCAGCACGGAGGGCAAGGGCAGCCCCCACGUCGUGUACAAGCGCUCGUCCCUGCAGUACCCCCACAUGGACGCAGCCUGCGGAGUGCUGGACGAGAAGCCCUGGAAGGGGAGGCACUGGUGGCUGAGGACGCUGAAACCCUCCCCUCUGAAGCCAUCGGGCAACCACAGCCAGCGCGGGCAGCUGCCCCUGAAGAGGUCGGUGAGCACCGAGCGCUACGUGGAGACCCUGGUAGUGGCUGACAAGAUGAUGGUGGGCUACCACGGCCGCAGGGACAUCGAGCAGUACAUCCUGGCCAUCAUGAAUAUUGUUGCCAAACUUUUCCAGGACUCGAGUCUGGGCAAUAUUGUCAAUAUCCUGGUGACUCGGCUGAUCCUGCUCACUGAGGAUCAGCCCACGCUGGAGAUCAACCACCACGCCGGGAAAUCCCUGGACAGCUUCUGCAAGUGGCAGAAAUCCAUCGUGAACAGGAACGGCAACGGGAACGCCAUCCCCGAUAACGGCAUUGCCAACCACGACACCGCCGUGCUCAUCACCAGGUACGACAUUUGCAUCUACAAGAACAAGCCCUGUGGCACCCUGGGCCUGGCCCCCGUGGGCGGGAUGUGCGAGCGGGAGCGGAGCUGCAGCAUCAACGAGGACAUCGGGCUGGCCACCGCCUUCACCAUCGCCCACGAGAUCGGCCACACGUUUGGCAUGAACCACGACGGGGUGGGCAACACCUGCGGCUCGCGGGGGCAGGAGACGGCCAAGCUGAUGGCUGCGCACAUCACCAUGAAGACCAACCCGUUCGUGUGGUCCACGUGCAGCAGGGAUUACAUCACCAGCUUCCUGGACUCCGGGAUGGGAUUGUGCCUGAACAACGCUCCUCCCAAGCAGGAUUUCAUCUACCCCACGGUGGCCCCGGGCCAGGCCUACGAUGCCGACGAGCAGUGCCGCUUCCAGUACGGAGUCAAAUCCCGCCAGUGUAAAUACGGGGAAGUGUGCAGCGAGCUGUGGUGUCUGAGCAAAAGCAACCGCUGCAUCACCAACAGCAUCCCGGCGGCCGAGGGCACCAUCUGCCAAACCAACACCAUCGACAAGGGGUGGUGCUACAAGAGGGAGUGUGUGCCCUUCGGGACGCGGCCGGAGGGCGUGGACGGAGCCUGGGGCUCCUGGUCAUCCUGGGGCGAGUGCAGCCGGACGUGCGGCGGUGGCGUGUCCUCGUCCGUGCGCCACUGCGACAGCCCCAGGCCCACGAUCGGAGGGAAAUACUGCCUGGGAGAGAGGAAGCGCUACCGCUCCUGCAACACCGACGACUGCCCGCCGGGCUCGCAGGACUUCCGGGAGCUGCAGUGCGCCGAGUUCGACAGCGUGCCCUUCCGAGGGAAGUACUACACCUGGAAAACCUACCGGGGAGGGGGUGUCAAGGCCUGUUCCCUCAACUGCCUGGCCGAGGGCUUCAACUUCUACACGGAGCGGGCGGCAGCCGUGGUGGACGGGACCCCGUGCAGGCAGGACUCCAACGACAUCUGCGUCAACGGGGAGUGCAAGCACGUGGGCUGUGACCGGGUCCUGGGCUCCGACUCCAAGGAGGACAAGUGCCGCGUGUGCGGGGGUGACGGCAGCUCCUGCGAGACCAUCGAGGGCAUCUUCAACCAGUCCCUGCCCGAGGGAGGUUAUGAGGAGGUGAUCCAGAUCCCCAAGGGCUCCGUCCACAUCGACAUCCGCGAGCUGAACCUCUCCAUCAACUACCUGGCGCUGCGAGGGGAGAGCGGGGAAUAUUUCAUCAACGGGAAGCUCUCCAUCGAUCCCCCCCGGCGCUUCGACAUCGCCGGCACCACCUUCCACUACAGGAGGGCCCCUGAAGAGCCCGAGUCCCUGGAGGCUUUGGGACCCACCAAUGUCACCCUCUUUGUCAUGGUGCUGGUGCGGACGGAGCCGCAGGGGAUCCGCUACAAGUUCAACGCUCCCGUGGGCAGGGACGGCUCCAGCCUGUACUCCUGGCACUACAGCCCAUGGACCAAGUGCUCCGUGCUGUGUGCAGGGGGCAGCCAGAUCCAGUCUGUGGUGUGCAGGAAACUCUCCGACGGCUCCACCGUCCCCAACCAUUUCUGCAGCGCUGACACCAAAGUGCCCGAGCGGCAGAGGAGCUGCAACACCGAGCCCUGUCCCCCGGCCUGGGCCAUUGGGAACUGGUCCGAGUGCAGCCGGAGCUGCAACGAGGGCGUCCGGACCCGCAGCGUCUUCUGCAAGAGGAAGAUCUCUGCCAGCGAGGAGAAAACCCUGGAUGAUGCCUCCUGCAGCCAGCCACGGCCAAAGAUGCUGGAGCCCUGCAACAACCAAACGUGUCCUCCAGAGUGGGUGGCCCUGGACUGGUCGGAGUGCACCCCGAGCUGCGGGCCCGGCUUCCGCCACCGCAUCGUCCUGUGCAAGAGCGGCGACCACAGCGUGACCCUGCCCACCUCCCAGUGCCACGAGGCCACCAAGCCCCCCACCAGCAUGAGGUGCAACCUGCGGCGCUGCCCCCCGCCCCGCUGGGUCACCGGCGAGUGGGGAGAGUGCUCUGCCCAGUGUGGCCUCGGCCAGCAGAGGAGAUCCGUCCAGUGCCUGGCCCACACCGGGCAGCCGUCCAUGGACUGCGUGGAGGCCCUGCAGCCCCCCGGGAUGCAGCAGUGCGAGACCAAGUGCGAGUCGGGGCCCACGGACAACCCUGAAGAGUGCAAGGAUGUGAACAAGGUGGCCUACUGCCCGCUCGUCCUCAAGUUCAAGUUCUGCAGCCGGACCUACUUCCGACAGAUGUGCUGUAAAACCUGCCAGGGGCACUAGGACACAGCGGGACACGGCGGGACCCCCCCGUGGCAAAACUGGAAGGCCAAAGCUCCGCCGGAGGGCUGCCAGCAGAGCCCUCCCUGUCCGCCCUGGGAAUCUCCCCUGGCUCCCCCAGACCCGUCCCCCACAGACCCCCUUGGCCCCCGAGCUUCACAACGGUUCCCAGUUAAACCACUGCAGCCCCAGCUGGGAGAGGGGCGAGCUGGGCAGAGCAGGGGCUUUACUUGAAGUUCUGAUGUUGUUAUUUAUUAGUAGCGGAGCCAGGUCCUGCAGCAGGCGCCACGGGGGGAGGCGGCACCGCUCGCCCGGCUCCUGCCUCACCCUGCCCCGUGUCCCCAGGCACCACCGCGGGGCUCGGGGGCUCCCGGGGCUGCUGCCCUUCCCCGGGACCCCAGGGAGACAGGGAGGAGGGUGCAGGAGCCUUGUGGAGCCGGCGUGGCUUGUGGCUCCUGGGCGAUGGACGGAGAGGAGCCGCUGUGGGGAGUGGGGCAGAGCAGGGGUUUUGUCACCCUGGCACCCUGUGAGCAGAGGGUGACACCAGUUUAACUGGGAGAGGGAGUUCUGCAAAAUCCCACAGCAACCAGCUUGGACUGGGGUGUUCCUCUCUCAGUCCUUAAAGGCCUUGUCAUGUUUAGGACUGGUUUUUGUCCCUUGAAGCAGGAGCUGAGCUGGGGGCAGGGGUGUGCUCGGGGUUGCGGUCACUUCGUGGGUGUCGAGGCUGUGCCAGGCUCAGGGAGCAGAGCAGAGGAGGGCUCAGGACACGAAGGCUCCUGUCACAGUGUCCCUGCCCAGAGAUCACCUCAGCCUCUGCAGGGGCCUCACUUCCAAAGGUGCUUGACUUCCAAAGGUGCUUUGCCUCCGAAAGGUGCUUUGCCUCCUAAGGCAGCCUGGCCACGUGUGUCUGUGGCCUCGAGGUGCCAGUCCCAGUGCCACGCACUCCUCUGCCCACAGGAGGCCUCCAGUGAUGGGAAAAGAGCAGGCUUGACAUUCCUCCAGGUCACCUCGUGGCCAAACCUGGGCCAGUUUCUCCACGGGCAGCCUGUGGAGGAGACCUGACUUCAACUCUCCAAAGCAUGUGCCUUUUGUUAGCAUAACUGUUAUUAUCAUGAUUAUUUUCAGGCCUUUCCACAUCACAGUGAUGGGAAACCUUUGUCCAAAGCCGUGUCUCGUUCCCUUGGGGCCAUCCCCACGGUGCAGGGAGGGGACAGCCCCCUUCCCCCAGAGCAAAGCCCCCGUGUGUUCCUCUCCCAGCUGUGUUUUUGUGUCCACCUGCUCCUCAGCCGAUCGCAGCUUCUCUGGUGCUCAGCAGAUCUCCUUUCUCUCCCUUCCUGGUGCCAUGCUCCGUUCUGACGUUUCUGGGUGAGGGGAGGGGGUGUUCUCACCGUUUUUGUAUCGAUAUAUAUCUACUGACCAAUGUUUAACAUACUAACUCUGAGGAGGAGCGACAUGAAUUAUAAUAAAGGAGUAGCUACGAUCCCGG